CGCCCUACUAACCAACAGUUAAAAUCGCUCCGGCAAAAUGUAACUCCAAAAAUCUCAACUCUCUCACUGGAUAACCCACUGCACAAUCACUUGCAGAAAACCAUAAACUCCAAAACAUUCCAUCAAUGGCUGCUCUCGCUAUGGGCAUCGCCAGCGCCAUCACCACCGCCAGUACACUACGUACGAGAUCCAGCCCCAUCCGGACCAAGCCCAAAAUCUCCUGCAUUGGAUGGGACCCAGAAGGUAUAUUGGGACCACCGCAGACGGGCCACAUCGCUCGGCAGGAGUUCAAGAGAAGGCUAGAGAGAGAUGCGGAAGCAAGGGAGGCCUUUGAGAGACAAUUGCGCGAAGAGAAAGAGCGUAUUCAAACUCUAAGACAAUCUAGGGUUAUACCGGAUACAGAAGAAGAGCUGGUUGAGUACUUCCUCGACACAGAAGCUCAGGAGAUUGAGUUUGAGAUUGCAAGACUGAGGCAGCGGUAAGUGCUUUGCUUGUUGAUUGAUGAUGUCUUUCCUCCUAGAUAGAAA